AUGGCUCCCCUCGCCUUCACCCAAUUCGUUCAAGCCCAAACAGAGUUCAAGCCCCCACUCAUCGCCAACGAGAAUGCUUUCCUCGGCGACGUCGCAACCUCCACCGAUGCCACAGCCCCUAUAUCGGCAGGCUUCUACAGACUAGAGAAGGGCACCCCGCUCGUCUACGAGUACACAUACCACGAGAUGAAGAUCAUUGUCGAUGGAGAAUUCGAUAUCAGUGAUGAGACCGGACAAAAGGUGCACGCUGUAAAAGGAGAUGUGUUCUACUUCCCCAAGGGAAGCAAGAUUACUUUCACCACAGAGACGUUUGGCUUGGGGUUCUUUGUUGGUCAACGAAAGGAAUAG